GCGUUCACUGAAGAAGAAAGAGCUGGUUUGGCAAAACAUAAUGAGUAUCGCCAAAUACACGAAGCUCCACCAAUGAAACUCAAUAGAGAGAUGUGUGACCAGGCUAAAGCCUACGCUGAGAGACUUGCUGCAAAGGGGACACUGCAGCAUUCAGAUAAGAGCGAGAGGAAAGGACAAGGAGAGAACCUUUCCAUGGGAUGCUCCACCAGAGGUCCACAGUCCAUGGAAGAGGCUGUUACAAACUGGUGAGAGUUAAGCCCUAAGAUUGAUCAGCAUCAAAAUUCUCCUUGUGAUAGCAAUGCUUUAUAAAACGCAUCAGUGACGAGAAUGAAAGAAAUGAUUACACAAGAUGAAUGUGGUUGAUUCUUCCGCAACUUCUCCCCACACCUUCUAUAGGAAACAUAUAGAAAAACAAAUAAGAAUUAAAAUUUUGAUUAAAGGGCUUUAAGGGUUAAUUAAUUUUAAAAGAUGUAAAUGCGUCAUUGAAUUCGACUUUGCUGCCAUCCAAGUCCCAUUAGCUUCCUCGUCCUUCUUCCUCAUCUUCCUUUUUUCCAUCUUUGAAUUUUUCUGUCUUGCGUGGUAAUUUUCUAUGACAUUUGACUCUUGAACGCUGAUCGGUGGGUCAGUCAUUGCAAUAUCUCUGGAAAUUGAAAAGUCCCAGGAAGUGAGUAUUUUUUUUUUUUUUUUGAGUAAAAUUAAAAAAUCAGGAAAUUCGGUCAGUCAUAAAUUCCCGCCAUUUUUCCCAGCUGACAUUGAAUCACAAACUCGCGUUUCGAUGAACCAGUCUGCAUUAUAAGCUGAGCAAAGCCGUGCACCAUGUUGUCUCUUUCACAUUUUGAUUUCUCUUCCUUCUAGUUUUUUCAUUUAAGUAAAAAAAAUUUUGAAAAUUCCUUUUAGGUACAACGAAGUCUGUGAUCCUGGCUAUAAUUUCGGUAGCGGUGGAUUUUCAUCUGGUACGGGUCACUUCACCCAAGUGGUUUGGAAAGGAAGCACUGAGCUUGGCAUUGGGAGAGCUGAAUCUACCAAAGGAUCAAUGAAAUGUGCCUAUAUUGUAGGCAGAUACAAACCAGCUGGAAACAUGAUGGGUGACUUUCCAGAAAAUGUAAAAAAAGGAAGUUUCGACAGCAGUCAGUGUAAUUCUAAUUCUGAUUCACCCUGGGCAAAAUUCGUCCAUCAAAAUGAGAAAGGGCCUUUUAACGAAAUUCGUGUUGCUAAAGUCGAUGUUCCAGAAUAUCAUGAUAACACGAAGCCAGCCCAAAAGAUUGAGCUGCUUGUGAAGAAAAAAUCUUUGUAG